AUGUCUACCCAUCCAACUACUCCAUUGUCUAAACCGCCAGCUGGGUUUGUUGUGGAUAAUAGGGGACGGAUUCAUUUGGCUUCUACUAAGCAGAUUGUCACCAUUUUCGAUUUAAUCCCAUGGCAACAAAAAAAAAAUAAAAAUAGAGAUGAAAAAUUGGAGCUAGGUCAAGGGAGUUCCUUUUCAGACAGAAAAAUCAAACAAAAAAGUGAGGGAAAAAAACAAAAAGAAGAGAAGAUAUUGGAGUGA